AGAGCCGGUAGGAACACCUAGUAGUUUUAUAGUAGUCUUCAAUUCAAAACUAAAAUGUUUUCGAGAAAUACCGUUUUGAUUUUCUGCGUGGCGUUGUACUUUUUGCGCUGUCAGGGUGGUAUCCCUUUUCCAAGAGAUCUUGAAACGAUAAGAAACGCAUUCGUCCAAUAUCAGAAUCAAGACAAUAGUGUUGACGUUGUAGGUCUAAAAAAAAUAAUCGAUGACGUGGCAGAAAAAUUGGGCAAGCUCAUACGAUAUCCUAUGCCGGGUUGCAGGGGCACUAGUCUUGGGGAAAUGAUAGAAGUUUUUAAAGACAGAAAAUUUACAAUGGACCAAGUUGAACACUUUCUCAUAAGAUAUUUAAAUUUUACUUUCCAAGAUCCGCAAACAACGAUAAGAGAAAUACUCGAGAAACACGAAAAACCAGAUGGCUUAAGCUACCAAGAAUUGGCACGUGUAAUUGACGAAGUAAAAGAGAAAACGGGAGUAUACAAUGAGUUCCCUAGUUUUCAUGAACUGCAAAGGGAAGCAGCAAACUAUAAAUAUCCUAUGGAUGUUGUUGAAAAAAUCGCCCAAGAAUUUAUAGCUUCCGAUGAUCCGCCAACUAAGACAAUUAUAAGAGAAAUAGUCACGCAACACUAUACGUCAGAUGGCCUAAGCGACGAAGAGUUAAAACGUGUAAUUGAUGUAAUAAAAGCGGAAACGGGCACAACGGGAGAAUUCGCUUUAAGUAAUCCAUUGGAAGCGACAUUAGCAGACUACAAGUUUACUAUGGAUGAAGUCGAAGACAUCGUCAAUAAAUAUUUAUUUGGAUAUGAUAAUUUGAUUUCAUAAUAUCAACUGUUAUUAAAAUAUUGC